AUGGCAGAUGGCGUCGAAGCGAUUGAGGCCCACGAGGUUGGGAAUGGGAGCUGGGCGAGAACCGCCAAAGAUUUGUUUGCUGGCGCUGCUGGGGGUGUCGCCCAGGUUCUGCUAGGUCAACCAUUCGAUAUCGUCAAGGUUCGUCUUCAGACGACAACAACCUACCCCAGCGCCUUAUCAUGUGCAUCAUCGAUCCUCCAAAAUGAAGGACCGUUGGCAUUCUAUAAGGGCACGCUCACCCCAUUGAUCGGCAUAGGGGCGUGUGUCUCGGUGCAAUUUGGCGCCUUCCACUAUGCUAGACGGGCAUUUGAGGAACAAAACCUCCUCGCAAACCACCCAGCAGGUCUGUCUCACGGCCAAUACUAUCUAGCAGGAGCUUUCGCCGGUUUGACGAACUCUGUUCUGUCUGGCCCCAUCGAGCAUGUGCGUAUCCGUCUACAAACUCAACCCCACGGCGCCGCUCGCCUAUACAAUGGCCCCCUGGACUGUAUCAAGAAACUCUCCGCGCACGAAGGCGUCUUGCGCGGUCUCUACCGUGGCCAAGCGGUCACACUCUACCGAGAAGCACAAGCCUACGGUGUCUGGUUCCUCACCUUCGAAUACUUGAUGGCUCUCGAGCAAAAACGCAACAAUAUCCGCCGCGAAGACAUCUCUUCGCCGAAGGUGGCCUUCUACGGAGGGCUUGCGGGUGAAGCGCUUUGGAUUGCCAGCUACCCAUUUGACGUGGUCAAGAGCAAGAUGCAGAGCGACGGCUUUGGCAAGGACCAAAGAUAUAAGACCAUGAGGGAUUGCUUUGCGCAAACAUGGAGGAUUGACGGGAUGAGAGGAUUUUGGAAGGGCAUUGGGCCGACAUUGGUGAGGGCGAUGCCUGUUAGUGCAGGUACCUUUGCAGUUGUCGAGUUGACUAUGCGCGCGUUAGGAUGA